AUGAAUAAGUCAGCAUAUUCAAAUGGGCUGAAAACAUUUGUUCUUGGAAUCAACCUGAGGAAUGACAAACAUCUUUCUUCACAGCUUUUGAGGUUGGAUAUUUACAUAUAUGAUUAUCUUGUGAAGAGGAAAUACAAUAUUUCUGCAAAGACAUUUCAGGCUGAAGCUCAAGUAUCUAACAACCAUACUGCUAUUGAUGCUCCGGGUGGUUUUCUGUUUGAAUGGUGGUCAAUCUUUUGGGAUAUUUUCAUUGCAAGGUACAAGCGCCAAGGCACAAGCACUGCUGAAUCUUACAAUGAGUUCGCUGUUCCUUCUUCUUCUGCUCCCUUAAUCUGUCAUCUGUCUUCUCUCUUUCUAUUGCUUUGUGGCCUUGCAUCAGCUUAUUUCUAUAAAGUAAUUAGGUUGGAUAUUUACAUAUAUGAUUAUCUUGUGAAGAGGAAAUACAAUAUUUCUGCAAAGACAUUUCAGGCUGAAGCUCAAGUAUCUAACAACCAUACUGCUAUUGAUGCUCCGGGUGGUUUUCUGUUUGAAUGGUGGUCAAUCUUUUGGGAUAUUUUCAUUGCAAGGUACAAGCGCCAAGGCACAAGCACUGCUGAAUCUUACAAUGAGGGCCAAAUUAUUAAAGCACAAGAGCAGCAGCACCAACAUCAACAGCAUCAGAAGCCCCAACAGCAGCGGCAGAAGCAGAUGCAACUACAAGAAGUCAUCCUGAAAAGGCAGUUCCAGCAACAGGAACAGCAGUACCAGCAGCAGCGAAGAGAUGAAACCCAACUUCAAAAGGGCAUUGCUAGUGACAAUUCUGUGAGACAGAACCCUGAGGUUUUUAAUGCAUUGGCCAGGAAGAUGUAUGAGGAAGGUUUGAAGCUUCUAGUCCAGAAAGACCAUUUGGGCGAUGCAGAUAUACAGGUGUCCAAUUCGUCAUUAAUGUUCACAAUAAUUGCUCUUAUUAUUUACCUUCGUUAG